AAAAAAAAAAGAGAAAAAAAAAAAAAGGCAAAAUCCCCUUCUAUGGUAUCCAGUUCCAGCCCGAAGCACGGCGUACGACACCAGCAAGCACACUCUCGAAACAGAUCAUCAUCGUCCAUUGAUCCAUUCAUCAACUAGUCAAGCCUCGCCUGGAGUCGAAACCAAACCCAACCAAAACUCAACCACGGAUCACAAAAAUGGCGUUAACACAACAGAAGGGAAUCGUAAUAACCGUACCGGUUCUCAUUCUCACGCUCUCCGUCGCGGCCAUCUUCUUGUUCUUCCUCCUCUCCUCUCUCUCCACCUGCAACUGCCCUAUCGCCGCCUCAAACCCCGCCGUUUCCUCUUCCGCUGACGUGCCGCCGACAGAGUACCGCUCCGGAGACCGGAUUUCGCCGACGGCAGCCGACAUUGAGUGGCUGAAGGAUCAGAUCUCUCGAAACGGACUUCAUAUGCAAGACAAUGUGUUGAGAAAAGGGAUUAAUCCCCGCACUAGAGCUCAGCAACUUCAAGAUCUCAUCCAAUUCAAAGGCAUAUCACAUUAUGAAGAGCCUGAAGCGAACAACCACACAGCCCUCCCAUGCCCCGGUGAGCUCCUUGUGGAGGAGCAUCACAGCAACUAUGGGGAGCCCUGGGCAGGUGGUCGAGAUGUGUUUGAGUUCCUUGCUGAGGCUAGUCACUUGGCGCCCAAUUCACGUGUCCUUGAGAUUGGGUGUGGUACGCUUCGUGUAGGCCUGCAUUUUAUUCGGUAUCUAAGUCCUGAACACUUUCAUUGCCUUGAGCGAGAUGAGCUCUCAUUAAUGGCUGCAUUCAGAUAUGAACUUCCUGCUCAAGGUCUUUUAAAUAAGCGCCCUUUGAUUGUGCGAGGCGAGGAUAUGGAUCUUACGCAGUUUGGUUCCAGAGUUGUGUACGAUUUGAUAUAUGCCAGUGCUGUGUUUCUUCAUAUGCCUGAUAAACUUGUGUGGGUUGGACUGGAGAGAUUAGCUAAUAAGUUGAAACCUUAUGAUGGGCGAAUCUUUGUGUCACAUAAUAUAAAGUUUUGUUCACGUUUAGGAGGGGAGGAGUGUACCAAGAGGCUCACAAGCUUGGGACUUGAAUAUAUUGGGAAGCAUACACAUGAUAGCUUGCUUUUUAAUCACUAUGAGAUCUGGUUUGAGUUUAGGCGGUCCAAGGCUUAGGAUUUCUUCAGCAUUGUCUUUUUGGGUUUAAUUCUUUGUAAAACUGAAUUAACAGGUGAAGUUAUAGCUUAUGAUUGACCUCUCUACAAUUGUUGUGUUGUCUCUGGUAACUCCCCCAGUGUUUUGGAAGGUUAACUUAUUAGCUGUUGAUAGAUGGGGUGUGGAAGAGUUGAUGAUUUCGCAGAUUUUAUCAAAGUGGAUCAUCAGUUUGUGUUCAGCUCGGGGAUAUUCUUUGUACUCUUCAACGAAAAGGAUCAUGCAUGACUCAGAACUUUCGGGAUUCAGUACUGAAUUGCUAAGAUGGGAGAGGUUCAUGUUAUUUGUGACUGUCAAAUUAUGUAGUUUUGUAUUCAAAAUGCUGAUAGCACAGCAGAAAUUCUUUUGAGCAAACACUGAUGAGUAUAUGAAACUGUAAUGUGAACGUAUUUUUCAUUGUACUUGGAGAAAACUUGAAUAUAUUUUCUUGAAUGGUCAUGAUAAUUUUGGUUUUUGUGCAUGAGCAUUCCUAUUUGUCCAGAAACCAGUUGAAGAGCUCUGGCAUGACAUGA